UCCAGAGAUCCAAAGCUUCAAAACCCAGAUCCACAAUUCUAUCGAUGGAAAGGAUCGAGAACCAACAAGAGCAUCGGAAGAGGAAUAAUGUGGAGGAAAUAGAGACCAUUUCAACCGAACGGAUAUUCGAUACCAAGGCGGCUCCGCAAUGGAAGAAGCAGCUGACCUUCAGGGCUUUCAUGGUGAGCUUCGUUCUAAGUGUUCUGUUGAGCUUCAUCGUCAUGAAGCUCAACCUCACCACUGGGAUCAUACCUUCUCUCAACGUCUCUGCUGGACUUCUUGGGUUCUUCUUCGUCAAGACAUGGACCAAGCUCUUACAGAAAUCUGGGUUGCUCAAGCAGGAUUUUACCAGGCAAGAGAAUACUGUCAUUCAGACUUGUGUCGUUGCUUCCUCCGGCAUUGCCUUUAGCGGAGGUUUUGGGAGUUACCUCUUUGCAAUGAGCGAGGGUAUUGCUAAACAAUCAACAGAAGCUAACAAGGAACAAAACAUUAAGAACCCUUCUCUUGGAUGGAUGAUUGGAUUUCUCUUUCUUGUUAGCUUCAUUGGGCUCUUCUCUGUGGUUCCACUUCGGAAGAUAAUGAUCAUAGACUUUAAACUGGUCUAUCCGAGUGGAACUGCUACUGCACAUCUCAUCAACAGCUUCCACACUCCACAAGGAGCAAAAUUAGCUAAGAAACAAGUCAAGGCAUUGGGCAAGUUCUUCUCAUUCAGUUUCUUGUCGGCAUUCUUCCAAUGGUUCUUCACUGCAGGGGAUAAUUGUGGAUUCUCUAACUUCCCUACAUUCGGUAUCAAAGCAUUUGAGAAAAGGUUUUACUUCGAUUUUUCUGCUACAUAUGUAGGGGUUGGGAUGAUCUGCCCUUACAUCAUAAACAUAUCUUUGCUAGUUGGGGCGAUUCUGUCAUGGGGUAUCAUGUGGCCUCUCAUUGAAACUAAAAAGGGUCAUUGGUAUCCUGAAGAUCUGAGCUCUGCCAGCCUCCAUGGCUUACAAGGUUACAAGAUUUUCAUUUCAAUCGCCAUGAUCCUGGGAGAUGGUCUCUAUAACUUUGUGAAGGUCCUCAGUCGAACUCUCUUUGGUUUGUUUCAACAACUCUAUGGUAACAAAACUGGAGAUCUCCCCAUUACCGGUCGCUCUGCUCCUACGAACCAACCUGUCCCCUAUGAUCAUCAUCGGCGAACACAACUCUUCCUCAAAGAUCAAAUACCAACCUGGGUUGCAAUAGGAGGCUACGGUACCAUAGCUGUCAUCUCCAUCAUCACGCUACCUAACAUUUUUCACCAACUCAGAUGGUAUCAUGUCUUGGUCAUCUACAUAUUUGCACCGACCCUAGCCUUCUGUAAUGCAUAUGGCUGUGGACUCACUGAUUGGUCCAUGGCCUCAACAUACGGUAAGCUUGCCAUCUUUACCAUUGGUGCAUGGGCAAGGACCUCUAAUGGUGGAGUUCUCGCAGGUCUUGCAGCAUGUGGAGUCAUGAUGAACAUUGUCUCCACAGCCUCUGACCUCAUGCAGGAUUUCAAGACUGGGUACCUAACACUAACUUCACCUCGUUCCAUGUUUGUGAGCCAAGUUAUUGGGACUGCAAUGGGUUGUGCUAUCUCCCCUUGUGUUUUUUGGCUCUUCUACAAGGCCUUCCCUGAUUUUGGUGUCCCAGGGUCUGAAUACCCUGCCCCUUAUGCUCUUGUCUACCGUAACAUGGCAAUAUUGGGGGUCGAGGGGUUCUCAACUCUACCAAAGCACUGUCUUCAACUUUGCUACACCUUUUUUGCUGCAGCCAUUCUUGUGAACUCGAUCAGAGAUGCUGUAGGAAAAAAAUGGGCAAAAUAUAUUCCUCUCCCAAUGGCCAUGGCUCUACCAUUCUACCUCGGAGGCUACUUUGCGAUUGACAUGUGUGUUGGGAGUUUUAUACUAUUUGUGUGGCGAAAGGUUAAUAAAGACAAAGCAGAAGCAUUUGGGCCUGCAGUAGCUUCCGGUUUGAUUUGUGGGGAAGGGAUAUGGACUUUGCCCAGCUCAAUACUUGCAUUGGCUGGGGUGCAACCACCCAUCUGCAUGAAGUUUCUCACAAGGAAAACAAAUGCCAGAGUCGAUAACUUGCUAGGCUCUUAAGCCGAGCCUCAGUUUAAUUAUGUUCUAGCCAUAUGUGAAAUAUCCAUGUAUUUUUUAAACACUGCAUGUAUUUAAAAAAUAGUCAAGUUCCAUUA